UGAGUGCCAGGUGGGCAGGGGGGGGACGGUACGGCCCUAUAAAUACGGUGGCAGAGCCUCCGUAGUCCACUGUACCAAACUGUCCUGCAGACAAGCAGCAGCACCGAGCAUCAACUCCUCACCUGAGAGAAACACAAGACACCAUGGCUCCUAAGAAGGGUCUUCUUGAGCGUCUGGACGAGGGCGUGGUGAUCGGCGAUGGCGGGUUCGUGUUCGCCCUGGAGAAGCGAGGCUAUGUCAAGGCCGGCCCCUGGACCCCCGAGGCCACCGUGCAGUACCCCGAGGCUGUCAAGCAGCUCCAUCGUGAGUUCCUGCGCGCCGGCUCCGAUGUCAUGCAGGCCUUCACCUUCUACGCCUCAGACGACAAACUCUCCAACCGAGGCAACGAGUCCAGUGCCAAGUACUCGUGCCGCGGGAUCAAUGACGCGGCGUGCAGGCUGGCGCGGGAGGUGGCCAACGAAGGGGAUGCGCUGGUGGCCGGCGGACUCUCACAGACACCCACUUACCUCUCAGGCAUGAGCAAGGCAGACACACAGAAGGAGUUCCAGAGACAGGUUGACGUCUUCGUGGAGAAUAAAGUUGAUUUCCUGAUCGCUGAGUACUUCGAACACGUGGAGGAAAUGGAGUGGGCCAUCGAGGUGUGCCUGAAGAGUGGCAUGCCCGUUGUGGCCUCCAUGUGCAUCGGACCUCAGGGGGAUCUGCAUGGCGUGUCUGCCGGGGAGUGCGCCGUCCGCAUGGCCAAGGCCGGGGCUCACGUGGUGGGCAUCAACUGCCACUUCGACCCCUUCGUCACCCUGGAGGGCCUCAAGACUAUGAAGCAGGCCCUGGACGCUGCCGGCAUCAAGGUCCACCUCAUCGCCCAGCCCCUCGCCUUCCACACCCCCGACGCGCAGAAACAAGGCUUCAUCGAUCUGCCGGAGUUCCCCUUCGGUCUGGAGCCCCGCAUUUGCACCCGCUGGGACAUGCACCGCUACGCCAGGGAAGCCUAUGACCUCGGGGUGCGGUUCAUCGGCGGUUGUUGUGGGUUCGAGGCCUACCACAUCCGCGCCGUGGCCGAGGAGCUGGCCAAGGAGCGCGGGAAGCUACCGGCCGGGUCUGAGAAGCAUAGUCAGUGGGGCGGCGGCCUCAAGAUGCACACCAAGCCGUGGGUCAGGGCAAGAGCCAGCCGCGAGUACUGGGAGAACAUCCGCCCCUCGUCUGGCCGCCCCUUCAGUGCCACCAUGUCCAAGCCUGAUGCGUGGGGCGUGACGGCCGGGGACUCGAUCCUGAAGCAGAAGAAGGCAGCCACCACCGAGGAGGAGCUGAUCUCCCUCACGCACAAGGGCAAAGCUGUGAACGGGAAGGCCUGACCGGGGAGUCGAGGCUGCGAGACCCGAGGCUUCUUAGGUUAGGGGGCAAUGGCCGAGUGAGGUUUGCAUAGAUGAGUUUUUUACAGUAAAGUAGACAAACCAAGAAAAAGCCCGCAAUACGCUGCUCUGAAAAUUAAUUAACAAAAAGAUGCCAUAAAUGAGUAAUCAAUGAAUCAAUAUUAAUAGUUGUACUGCAGUAGAAAGCGGGAAAAUGGUCAGCAUUAUUUUUCUAACGAAGCGAAUGUUGGUAGCACUGAACGCUCGUAUGAUAGUGAAACUGAAAAAUAUUAUACAUUAAAUACGGAUUGCCAUUAAAUUUAUGUAUGCAGUGAGUGGAAGGCGUGACCGGUAUACACACGGAUAAUAUUUAUGUGUGUGUGUGUGUGUGUGUGUGUGUGUGCGUGUGUGUGUGUGUGUGUGUGUGUUAACUUCAAAUAUAUAAUUGUGUUUUCUUAGAUUUAGCUGAGAAUGAGAACCACGAAACUCAUUAUUAUAAUUUUCUCACCGAUGAUGAUGAUGAUGAUAACAGUGAUGAUGAUGAUGAUAAUAAUAAUAAUAAAUAAUGGUCUUGUACCGGUGAAGUAACUGUGCAUCAUGUAGCAAGCACAACAUAGACAAGAACGCAUCAUAACUUUCAGGUAGCAAGAUAUACAGGUAGGCAGGAUCAGGUAGCAAAAAAAAAAACAGGUAUAGAAGUUAGGAUACUGGCCGCCGAAUGCAUUGGUCGUAAGUUAUUAUAGAAGGGUUAAAGGGAAGAGCAUAAACCUAGCAAAUGCUUGUUAGUGGCUUUGUAAUAGUAGACUCAGUAAAGAUGGUGAAUAGAAGAAUUGUCGAGAUAAUGGAUAAAGUUAGAAGGUGCUAUUGUGAAGUAGAUCAGCAUUUAGAGAGGAUGAUGAUGAUGAUGAUGGAGGUGAAGGUGACAUGGUAGUCUUCGUGGAUAUUAUGCACCUUCCUCGACCGUACAGGUGUGAUUCACGUGUGAGGUGUUGAUUUGUCGAGUGUGUACUCCUCUCAAAUGUCAUGUUAUAUAAUGUAGACGUCGUAAUGGAUGAAAUAAAAAGUACAUGAACAAAA